AUGGCUUUCAAUAGCUACCAUAGAAGGGGCUCGCGAUCUGCGGUGCAGGCGACUUUAACACAGCAGAAUUUCAACGAGUGGGAAGAGACGAUUUAUCGAAAUGUUAGUGCCCGGGACAUCCAAGUAUUGAAUAGACCCGUGGAGCCCUUUGCGGCUGCUGAAGAAGAGGUGAGCGAAGAUUCGCACCUGUACACCAACGAGGUGCGAUCGGAGGAAUUCGCGAUUCUGUCCACUUCCAGCGAACGGGACGAGUUCAUGCCGGAGACCGCAUUGGCAACGGGUGUUACGGUGAAAAAUGGCGAGAAUGAGCUUGAACGGCAAGAACAAGCUACUGAAGUGUCGAAUUCGCAAAGGAUAGACGACUGGUGCGUCCAAAACGACAGACGUGCGCUAUCCAGUCUGCGCGCACCAGCAAACAAACGUGUGCAGGAAAUCGUGGAAGCCUGGGGGGUUGAAAAUGGCACCCCAGCGGUUCGGAUGGUGAGGGCACUCACUGCGGUGCGGGUCGCAGCUACUCGUCACAGCGAUAAUUACACCGCACAUAUUUUGGAUUUCAUGAGUCCGCUGCAACGUCUGCGACUUAAGAAUUUCGCAGAAUCAAUGAGACCACUUCUGCUGGAACGGACAGUGGCACCAACUUUUUCGAACCCGCGGUACAAAAAUGUGCCUUCUGUCUUCGCAAACCGUGAUUUGAAAUUCCAACGUGCGCUGCGACAGGGCAACGAUAUGGCGCCGAUUUCGUCGUCCCUAGCGGAACUCGAAAUCACAACUUCCAGGUCGCAAAGUGAAAGCAGCUCUUAUUCCAUCCCGCUGUCUUCCGCCGGCUUCCAGUCCUGGCAUGGUUGGAAUAUUGUGACUCGAUUCAGUCCUGACCAUAUCCCAAGUUACUAA